UAAAUAAAUAAAAAUAAAUAAAUAUCAAUUAUGCCCCAAAUUCAUUUGUACAUUUUACAGUGGAAUUUCCCCCAACCUUGAUAAAGGAUUUCUUGAAGUUAAUUUGGAAGAAUUGAUGUAUAAGAAAAGCCAAUAAAUUUUAGAAAGGGUAAUCAAGGAAGAAUGUAUUAAUACAAUCAACAACUGGAAAAGGAAUUAGCGGUUUGAUCAAUGGGACAAAAUAUGAAGUCCAGAAAAGCCCCAAGCAUUAAUAGAAAUUUAGUUUUUAAUAAAUGUGGCAUUUCAGAGGAAAAAGAUGAUUCAGCCAGUAAACGGUUUGUUAAAAAUUCACAAAAGAAUGUGUCCAGUAAGUAUAUAGAAAACGUGUUCAGUCACUAGUAAUUAGACAAAUUCCCACUACUAGACAUAUUUCAUUAAAUUCGCAGAUAAAAAUGAUGCAGCAAGGGUAAAGGAAAAUGGGCAUUCCUUAGAAACUGCUUUUGGGAGUGUAUAUUGAUAUAAUCUACAACUCUUCUGGAGAUCAGUUUGGCAAUAGGUAUCAAAUGUCUUAGAAUCGUACAUGCCUUUUGAUGCAAAGUGCCAUUUGGAGGAAUCUACUCAAAGUAUGUAUGGAGAUACACAAAGAUCUUAGAACAAUGCUGUUCAUUACAUCAUUAUUUAUUACAGCCCCCCCCAAAAGAAAAUCUAAAUGUUUAACAAUAGAGUUAUAUAAAACUAUGGUAUUUUUGUAAAAAGAAGUACUAUUAAGUCAUUUUAAAAGUUGCAUAAUACCUAUUGAUAAGCAAAGAUUUAUAGAUAUUCAUAAUAUUAUCUUUAAAAAGCAAGUUAUGAAACCUGUCAAUAAAGUUUUGUCUGCAUAUAUAUAUGUGGGCUUGGAAAGAUAUGCUUAGAUAGCAAUUGUCUUUGGGGAGGAAACAUUAAAUUCUGCUUUUCUAUCGAACAUGCAUCACUUUUGUUAAUAAGGAAAAAUUAAGAGAAACUUCAUGUUUAAAUGCCAUAAUAAAAAUAGUGAAAAAUGGAAGCAUAAAGCAGUUAUUGAAAAUUAUAAUUAUGAAAAUUGUGAAGAAACUGAGCUAAACGGAGUAAACAAAGUGUUAUCUUUGAUUUUAACUGUCAUUUAAUGUAUGUAUAUUUAAAAAACAGAAAGAAACAUAGAAAAUGAACAUAAUUUAUUAAAAUGGUAGGAUUGAUGGCAAUUUUUUCUCCUUGUUAAAUAAUUUUUAAAAUAAAAAUUUCUAGCAAAUUUUGAAUCCAGUUAAUUCAGGCUUUUCACAACAAUGAUGAAAAGGUAGAGACCAGUGGUAGUGCUGCCAAGAGAUAGAUGGUAUGGGAGAAGGGCGAGCUUUAAACCUUCCAUAAUCACCACCAGCUACUUCCUGUAAAGCUUCACCAGAAAACACUUGUAUUUACCAAGAAACUCACCUUCAGGACAAGUUCCCGUCCGUGCACAGAUUCUGGAGCCCCAGUGAUGGCAACAGUUCCACAUUAACAUCGGAAGCCUCAGAACCAUGUGUGCUCAAUACUGCAUCUCCUUUGCUGAUGUUGAAAAAGCUCAUAUCAACAUUCGAGAUUUUAUCCACCUCACACCAAUGCUAACAAGCUCCAUUUUGAAUCAACUAACAGGGCGCAAUCUUUUCUUCAAAUGUGAACAAUUCCAGAAGACCGGAUCUUUUAAGAUUCGUGGUGCCCUUAAUGCAAUCAGAAACUUGAUUCCUGCCACUUCAGAAGAGAAGCCCAAAGCUGUUGUUACUCACAGCAGUGGAAACCACGGCCAGGCUCUCGCCUAUGCUGCCAAAUUGGAAGGGAUUCCUGCCUAUAUCGUGGUGCCCCAAACAGCUCCCAACUGUAAAAAAUUGGCAAUACAAGCCUACGGAGCCUCUAUAGUAUACAGUGAACAGAGUGAUGAGUCCAGAGAAAAUGUUACAAAAAGAAUUAUGGAAGAAACAGAAGGCAUCAUGGUUCAUGCCAGCCAGGAGCCUGCAGUGAUAGCUGGGCAAGGGACAGUUGCCAUGGAAGUGCUGGACCAGGUUCCCUUAGUAGAUGCACUGGUGGUACCUGUAGGAGGAGGAGGAAUGGUUGCUGGAAUAGCAAUUACAGUCAAGGCUCUGAGACCUAGUGUAAAGGUAUAUGCUGCUGAACCCUUGAAUGCAGAUGACUGCUACCAGUCCAAACUGAAAGGGGAACUGACCCCCAAUCCCUAUCCUCCAGAAACCAUAGCAGAUGGUGUCAAAUCCAGCAUUGGCUUAAACACCUGGCCUAUUAUAAGGGACCUCGUGGAUGAUGUCUUCACUGUCACAGAAAAUGAAAUUAAGUAUGCAACCCAGCUGGUGUGGGAGAGGAUGAAACUGCUUAUUGAACCUACAGCUGGUGUUGGAGUGGCUGCUGUGCUGUCUCAGCAUUUUCAAACAGUUUCCUCAGAAGUAAAAAACAUUUGUAUUGUGCUCAGUGGUGGAAAUGUAGACAUAACCUCCCUAACCUGGGUCAAGCAGGCUGAAAGGCCAGCUCCUUAUCAAUCUCUUUCAGUUUAAUUUAUGCAAAAUGAAGAGAUGGGAUUUAGUGUCUCUAGA